GGAGCGCUUAUCUCCUCCGUGGCAUCCUUGUUUCUCUCAAGUCCUCAAAUGUGCGACUUUCACCGUCGGCACAAACAGAGGAUGUGGUGGCCCACUUCACGUUAACGGCGCACGGUAAUACGAGGAUGAAGAGAUAAAAACACAGCUUGUUGAAGUCCCAGUUAAGUCAAAUGAAAGUGGAGUGAAAAUGUUUGCUGUUGACUGAAGUCCACUCCAGCAAACAAAAUGAAGAGGAGGCUGCUUCGUGGUUUCCUGUCGGAAGUUUCCGUCCGGAUGGCUCUGUUGCUUGUGUUCCUUGUGACGGAGCAGCUUCCUCCUUUCUACCGUGAGAUCCAGCCGGAGGAGAUGUGGUUGUAUAAGUUCCAUCGUGUGGCAAGAGACCAUGUACCCACCGCUCUUAUGUUUAGUGUGGCGGUGUUCACCCCACUGAUUGUAAUCGUGGUUUUCGCCUUCCUGAAGAAGUCAGAGCGAGGAGAUCUGAAGGAGGCCACGCUGGCUGUGACUUUGACUCUGGUGCUGAACGGAGUCUUCACCAACGUCAUCAAACUGGUUGUCGGCAGGCCACGGCCAGACUUCUUCUAUCGCUGUUUCCCAGACGGUCAAAUGAACCUGGAGUUGCGCUGCAGCGGUGACCCAGAUGUAGUCAUGGAGGGCAGGAAGAGCUUUCCCAGCGGGCACUCUUCCUUUGCCUUUGCAGGUUUGGGUUUCACAGCGCUGUACCUUGCAGGAAAGCUGCGCUGCUUCAAUGCAGCAGGCCAAGGCAGAGCGUGGCGGCUGUGUGCCUUCCUCACACCUUUACUCAUCGCGACUGUGAUCGCCCUCUCCAGAACCUGCGACUACAAACACCACUGGCAAGAUGUAUUAGUGGGUUCUCUGCUUGGUCUCGUCUUCGCCUGGCUGUGUUAUAGGCAGCACUACCCUCCUCUUCAGGACGCUGACUGCCACAGACCUCUCCGUCACAGAGAGACUGUCCCCGCAGCACAGGAGCGCAAGCUGGCCAACUCCACCUACAUCCUGCCCCUGUAGAAGAGCUGUAACUGUUACUGGUGUCAGUCAUACUGGGUUACAUGGUAAUCCUCCUGGUUUUCACACCCUUAGGGCUGGGCAGUUUAUCCGUAUUUAUUGUUUAUCGUCAAUCAUUGUAACUGUAAAGUGACGUGGUUUAUUUUCUGAACUAAAAAGACUAAUGACACAUCUCUUCUGAAUAGAUUCUUAAACACCUGAGAAUUGCUGUAAAGAACAACUCCAGUUUAACAACGACAACUUGAAUUGUUGAAACCCAAACAAACAUCAUUACAUAUAAAAGUUGUCAACGAUGGAGGGCCUGGUUAAUAUCAUGACAACGCCCAGCCCUGCACACCAUGUGUACUGUGCCUCUAGAUCACAAAACUUUAAACGCUCACAACAGCUGAGCACGUCGACUACACAAGCACUGCACUAAUAGUCCACUGCCCAUCAACCGCAGGCUCAGCUGCUGCAAGGCAGCUUCUCAUGUAGGGACACGAGUGGUGAUUGUUUUGUAAACUUUUUCCAACAAGCAAGGUUGAUGGAAAAACAUUCAGUAUUGUUGUUUUUGAUCAUUUUCUGGCAUUUAUGCAACUAAAUACUUAAUUAAUAAGUGAAUCUAUAGAUGAUUUACGAUAAUAGAUAACGAAAAUAAUCAUAAGUUUCAGCCCAAGCUCAAGAAGAUCCAUUUAUUAAUGACUGAGCGCUGUCAACUGCAUCUCAAAGUCUUCUCAGGCAAAUGGAGCCAGUUUAGGUGUGAUCCUAGGAUGUGAAUGUGAAACAAGAACCACAUUAAAAGUUAGAGGUGAACAUCCUUUGAACCAACAGAAAGCUUACCUCACCCACAAAAUUACCAUUUUACAUUAAUUACUCACCAUGUGUCACCUUGAAAUCGUGAAGAAAACAUUGUUCCUCUUGCGUGCCUUCACAAUGAAUGAAGAAUCCAAAACAGGCGAGCAGUCUUUGUGAAUUGAAGAAACGGGGACCACAUUUAAAAACAGCAGAACUAUAUCAAAAUAUCCAUUCACAAACUCUCACACAACUCGUGCAGUAUAACUUAAGUCUCAUCCAGUUUUAUGCUCAGUACUUCCCAAACACAUGCAUUUUGUUAAAACGUUACGAUUUAAAACACCUCUGCUUGCCAAUAGCACGCCCUGAGCAUACCUAAGCACACAUGCGUAUGAGCUUAGCUUGGGCAGAAUUCAAGGCCUUUGUACUGACGUGUUUUAAAUCAUAAUGUUUUAGCGAAAAUGCAUGUGUAGGAAAAGUUCUGAGCAUGUGACUGAACAAAUGAGAUUUAGAUUAUCCUGCAUGAGUUGUGUGAGAGUUUCCAAACAGAUGUUUUGAUAUACUGUAGUUUUGCUGCAGUCCUCAUUUAGCUCAAGAAUGUUCUCCCUUUUCGGAUUCUUCGUUCACUUCAGACAUGGCAUGCAAGAACAAAUUUAACAUAACAUCAUAGCAACGUCAUUUUGUUAGUGAAGUAUUUGUUUGAUUAUGUGCCUGAAUAUUUAAAUUUGGGUCAUGUGAUGCUCCAAACUCUGAAGAAGACUGAGAUAAAGUUGAUGAAUAAUAAGCAAGUAGACCUUUGAGUUUAGAUUAUGUGCACCAUGUAGUUUCUUUUUCUUUUGUUGACAGCGAUGAACUGGUGGAGUAAAGGCCUUUGCGCAUCGGGUUUGUCUGUUUUUUCGGAUGCGUUUUUUUUUUAAAUCUGUCAUCUAAAAAAAAUCUUCACGCACAGAUACCUUACACACUGAUUCCGAUGCGUUUUAUUUUUCUAUUUGUUGUGAAAAUUCGCAAAAUGAAAUGACACAUUUCUUCUUUUGCCUCUCUCCACUGGAAUUACCUAUCUGGCUGUCACCACUCCCUCCUUGUCUUUCAUUUGGCACCGCGGCUACAUGAAGGGGCGGAGCUGUCCUCCCUCUCUGUCUCCACAUCCUCCUCCUCUUCAUCAUCAUCCACCUGAAUAUUACUAUCUGACCUGUUGAACGUAGCUAUCUGAGUCAUGAAAUGAUUCUGUGCGCCCAGUUCCUCUGUCUUGUCGCAGCUGUGCCCCACCGCCACAUUUCCUUCAAUGAUUCUUGGUCAAACGUCUCUGAAGGCUCUGGCAGAUGCGAGAAAUGCAGAAAAUUGAACCUGUUGCGAAAAUUCUAACGAAAGUUUCAGACUCAGUGUGCAGGCUUACUCGGCUCCAUUACAACUCACAAGGUUUACCAACAAAACAACUGUCAUACCGAACACGUUUUCCAAACAAAUACAACAUGCUAACGUUAUUAGCACAAGCCUGUGGCAUUUUACAUUGCAAAAAUUAGCCUAGCAACAAGCAGAGAUUUCCUCUGCUCACAUGAAGCCAGGAUAAAUCACACACAAUGUUGUUUUGUCAAGGCUUUGUUGUCUUUACAAUUUAUUGUUUCUUACAAUAAAAGCUUCGUUUCCACUGAGGGAAAUGGUUUCAGCUUACAAACAUAGACAGGAGGUCUGUGUCGUCAUGAGGCGUAGUUACAUUUCUUGGAAGGUGCAUGUCAGGCUACGGCGUAGGGUACAGCGUCAGUUCAACGCAGACAUAUAAAUUCAGCCAUAGUGUACAAAGGCCUUAAGAGGUGUUUAUGUGGGCUGUUUGUGUCGUAACAGUAGAGCUGUCACAGUAUAUGUCAUUGAUAAACAUUGUACUUUAAUAUCUGAAAAAAGGCUCCUUUCCUAAACCAGCUGGGCACUGUAGUUUUUAGCAAAUCAACCAGGAGUGAAUAGUGCAUUGCUGGGGACUAUUUUCAGCUGCGGAUGAAUACACAUUUAGUGCCCAAGUUGCUUUCUGACUGUGGCACAGAUAAAUGAGGAAUGUUAGGCUCUAUCUACACAGACGGCACUUGUUUGUAGUAUCAGUUCAUUAUUGGUGUUUUUUGUUUGUUGACAACAAGAGAGAAAACAGUUGAAAAGAAAGAGACUGUGUCAUAAAACCUCUGACAUUUGACAACAUUUAUAUCACAUCAGCAGAUCCUGCCCCUGACUGUCGGCACCUUUAUGUUUAAAGCGGGUUAAUCCAAUCCACUUGGCUCAGCUGUUUCUGUCAUCAGUGCUUUAAAUCUCUCUGUCUUCCUAUAUUAUAUUUGGAUUGUUUCCAUUCACAGAUUGUUUGAUUUAUAUCUGUAAAGGGUGUCAUACGCCCUGUCCUCAGUACCGAUGUAGCAGCUCCGCUCAUCUCCUCUCACGGUCCUCGCAGUGCUCGCUGUACUUGAUAAUCACAUCUUUGCUCCAACUGGACAGCACAUGUGCUUAUAUAGUUAAUGUGACUGUAAUACGAGUGGUCUCAGGCUUACUGUAGGUCUGGGUUUAGUGACUCUCCUGACUCCUCUGCCGACACGAUGCAGGUGUGAAUGAGACGCAGUGUGCGGGGAGUUUUGGUGACGGUAAAACCAGAUCUUUCUGAUGAACCUGAGUGAGGUCAGACUGUAACCUCUCCAGGUGAUGGUGCUAGCCUCCCAGUGCUCCUGCUGGUCAGGUCUUCUAUCCUGUUAAUAGUUUUACUGGCACGUUAAGUUUUUCUCUCUGGUAGUUUUCAUCCACUUUCAUUUCAGACAGGGAAUGCUAAAGCCUGUGAUUCGUCUAUCAUUUUAUGUUUACUUUCUGUGGUCUAUUUUUUUCCCGUUUUAUUUAUUUGUUAUGUUGUUUGAGGUUGGUUUUCAACUGGAAAAAACAUCAACUUGUUAUGUCGAUGGUUGAAACGUGAGAAACAACUAAAUCUCUUCAUGUUUCUGUUUCGAGUGUGAAACCGGCCAAAGUUUUGCAGGGUUAAAGCACUUUUGCUUGUCGCUGUGAUUCGAGCUUAGAGCGGCUGGAUCAUGGCGGUUUAAGACCAAACAUGGCAGAAAAAAACAGAUGAAUUUGUGCCUUUGUUUACUACAUUACUUUAUUACUCUUAGUUUCUGAAUAAGGCAUAUAGUGCAUGUAACAGAGUACGCUCUCUGUCACAUUGUGGACACAUCUUUGCUCUGAAUCUUUGUGUUUUUUAUUGUUUUACAGAGUACAGGAGUCAUCUGGGAAGACAUGUUUAAAUGUGGCAUGCUGCUUUUGUUUACCUCAGAAAAAAAUCUUUAAGUACUUUCCAUAAAUUUUAUCUUUGAUGGAGUCAAAUGUGAAGAUUUCUGGGUGGGAGCAUGUCAAAGUUACAACAGAGAGAGUCACUUUUCAGACAAAUAAUAUCUUAAUUUACUUGCUGGAUCUUACAGGUAUUUAUGAGAUGAUGUACAGGUCUAAGUGUUUUUCAUUUUGGGGCAUGUAGGAGUUUACUUGAAUUCUGAAUAUUUGUUUACCUUAAAUGUGAUGAUGUUAUAUCAUGAAAAAAGGAACCGUGUUUGUGGGCACAUGGUUUUCUGGGGAAUCUCUCAAACAAAAAUAAUGUUCAUUAGACUUUGCUGCAUUUUGAUAAAACCCUGCAUGUUUCACAGCUAAAUAACAACAUACUUUCUUCAUUACUUCCCUCCAAGUCAACACAUCUCCAUCUGUUUUUGUUAAUUUAUGUGACUUUCAGUACAUGAAUACUGUAUUGGGUUGUUGAUCAUGUCUAGACUGAAGAUCUGGGAUGAUGCUGUUUAUUUAUGUCACACUCAUGAUAAUUUGCCUUGGCUUGUAAGACCAUAUAGCAGCUGCUCAUGCUGAUACCAUACCCUGAUUGUACAUGUUGUGAUGCUUUUAAUGACUCUUUUGGUGACACUAAAUGAUGUUUAUAAAUAA